AUGGACACACCAUCGGUGCCUCUCAACUUCGUCCCCGCCGGGACGGGCGAGACAUUCAAAGUCGGCACCAUCCAGAUCCGCAUCAUGGAGGAUGGCUCGAGGACUGACAAUCGCAUUGGAAGUGCUGAGUUUACUGUUCCCCCACAUACUUCUGGACCGCCGCCUCAUUGGCAUGAGAUGCACGAUGAAACCUUCCUCAUCACCCAAGGCACACUGCGCUUCCACGGCCUGGAGGGCAAUACCAUCGACGCAAAGCUAGGAGACUACAUCACCGUCCCGCCCCGCUCACCCCACACCUUCUCGAACCCGUACGACGAACCCGCAAAGUUCUUCAACACCUACACUCCCGCGUUCUACAUCAAUUACUUCAAGCUGUUGGCAACGCUGGGUGAGGCCGGCAAACCCAUGGAUCCCGAAGCGAAUCGUCGCGCUAUGGCUUAUUUCGCAACCAUCGGCGUCGCGGACGAUGAGAUGCAGGUCGACAAGCAGCAAUUCUAUGGAGCGGGCGAAGCGAACGGAGACGGAAAAGGAAACGGCCAGGCUGCGAAGAACGGCAAGUGA